CCAAACACGCUUUCUGUGCAGACAGGUUCACUAUAGGAUAUGAAACACAUCCUGUUUCAGGGGAAGACACUUAAGUGUUGACUUUGAGUAGUUGCGUGCAUCAUCACUUAAAAUUGUUGACGCAAUUUAGUUGUUUUUUUUCCUUUCUAUUUUUCCGACGCGACACCACCGGAACACUCGUGAGAUCUUAUCUCUGCAAAAAUGUUCACUUCUGCGAGUAAACGAAUAAAAAUAGGCAACACUCUGUCAGAGAGUCCGUGGAGCUGCUGAACUUGAGGAUGCGAUCUUCACACUUCAGAACUGCCUAGAAUGAGUCGCGUGGGAAUAAAAUCACCAAUCUGAAGAGUUCAUUCAUGGAAUGUCAUUGGGAGACCUCUGUCGAUUACGAACGUCCUACACUCAUUGAGUAAGAUUCUGCGAACAUGAGGUUGGAAAGAUGAACAUGUCUGAGGAGCAAAUCAACUGCACUAUAAGCCACGAGAUUCACCAGUACCUGUUUUCGGGUGCGUACAUCAUAGUCCUGCUAGUGGGUCUUCCCGCCAACGCUUUCUCACUCUACCAUGCCUGGCUGCAACUAAAAGCCCGCAAUGAGCUGGGGGUUUACUUGUUAAACCUGACCAUAUCGGAUCUGCUGUACCUGGCCUCCUUGCCCCUCUGGCUCCAGUAUAUUUUCCAGGGGGACGACUGGAGACGCUCGGAGUGGCUCUGUCAGCUGUGUGGUUUCCUGCUCUAUGAGAACAUCUAUGUCAGCAUUGGUUUUCUGUGUUGUAUCUCCAUUGACCGCUACCUUGCAGUGGUCUACCCCUUCCGCUUCUCCGCUUUCCGGACGGUGCGAGCUGCAGCGCUGGUCAGUAUGGUGGUCUGGCUCAAAGAGCUUGCCGUAGGAGUGGUGUUUUUCCGGCAUAAGGAGCUCAGCAAGGACAAGCAUAACCAAUCUGUGUGCUUUGAGCACUAUCCCAUGAAGACAUGGGAGUAUCCAAUAAACUACUACCGUUUUUACAUAGGCUUCCUGUUCCCUUUAGGAAUCCUCUCAGUGUCAUACUUUCGAGUCCUCCGAGCAGUGGGCAAGAGUGCAGGCACGCAGACUGCCCAGAAAACACGCAUCAAGUACCUGGUGACCAGCACAAUUGUCAUCUUCCUGGUGUGCUUCUCGCCGUACCAUGUCUUCCUGCUGGUGCGCACUAUAUUAGAGCGGGACUGUGCUUUCAUCGAGAACAUUUUCAAUUACUACCAUUUCUCCCUGCUGCUUACUAGCUUUAACUGCGUGGCGGACCCCGCGCUCUACUGUUUUAUCAGUGAAAGCGCACAAAAGGGCAUCCAGAAGGCUCAGGAUACUUGCACUCGGGUCUUCUGCUGUUGCUCAAAAAGUCAUGGAAGGUUCAACACGCACUCCACUGAGAUGGCGGUCACCAAUGAUAACGGUACAGGCACGACAGUGGUGACACUCUUGCAGCAGAUCAAAACUGAUGUUUGAACUUUUUUGUUCUAUUAAUUAUCUAUACAAUAGACAUCAUAAAGCUUAGCUACAGGCUCUUCGGUGGACAGAAGGAACAUAUGGAAGCAUCAUAGGCUGCGUUUCCACCGCAGGAACUUUCCCCAGGAACUAGGGACUUUCGGGUGGUACUUGACUAAAUGAAGUUCCAGGUAAAAAUUUCCCCCUCAGAAAGUCCCUGCUCGCGAGGUAGUACUUUUUCAAAGUUCAGAAACUUUCAGAGGUGGAUCUUGGGCGCUGAACAUGCUGAUUGGUUGAGUUCACGUGGCAUUUUGAUUGGCUGAUUCCACGCAGCAUAUUAUUUCAACCACCAUUUUUAAAAGUCUGUUGCGGUGCGUGCAGUAAAGCUGGAUUUACACUGCACACGUCUGCGGCACGUUACAGCUCUGACACAGCCACCAAAGUUCAACUCUAGUCAAUGCUUACGUUUAUACCAGCCUCGCAUGUUUUAGAAGUAUCCCAGAAUCUAAAGACAGGCACCAAGUCUAUUUUUGACAGACGCCGCGUCCAAGCCACACAGUUCAAAUACAAAAUAAAGUCAAAAUAAUCACCCUGUGUAGACUCCUGCUCAUAUUUUACAUCACUAGGAGGCCAGAAAUUGACAAGAGAUUCGAAGUUGAAAAACUUUAAAAUCGUUUAUCCUUGUCGUCCAUAACUGUACUUUUAAGUGUAUUAACUUCGUCUGUAGGCUACAGCAAAACAAAGUAGGGUAUAGCAAUAAACACAAUUAAACCGGACCAAAUAUAACCAUUUAGCCAUUAAAAACAUGAAAAAUCAAGGAAAACAACAUCGGACAGGCAAAUCUCGUGGUCUCACGAAUCCAGCUGCUUCGCUUCUGAAAUGCUCCUGGUGUGAGUUGACACCACGUAGAGCAGAAGUGUCCAAACUCGGUCCUGGAGGGUCACUGUCCUGCAGAGUUUAGCUCCAACCCCAAUUAAACACACCUGAACCAGCUAAUCAAGGUCUAAUUAGGCAUACUAGAAACUUUCAGGCAGGUGUGUUGAGGCAAGUUGGAGCUAAACUCUGCAGGACAUUGGCCCUUCAGGACCGAGUUUGGACACCCCUGGCGUAGAGGAUGGAACAAAACCUCGCAGGAGCCGUAAUGCGCCGCAGACGUGUGCAGUGUAAAUACAGGGUCAGAGUUGUUUGCUACUUGAAUCAACAAAAGUGUUUAAAAAAAUAUGACCGAUGGACCGACUACGAGGUUCAGGCUUUAUUAAGCUUAUAUGCGGAGGACAAAAUCUAGCAGGAACUGGAAAGUCGUGCGCAGUCCUACAUCACCGGACUUAAUCUUCAUGGUGAUGACACACGGGACAAACUUUUUGAGCAAUGUUGCCGGGCAAUUUUGCCGAGCGACAUUGCUUGAGCACUUUCCCAUUGAGAAUGGGCAACAAAUUUCUAUCUGGAUACAUUAGAUUGAAAUUUGUUGCCCAUUCUCAACAAGUGAAAGUGCUCAAGCAAUAUCGCUCAGCGAAAAAAGUUGCCCUGUGUAUCAUCACCUUAGGCCGCGAUGGAAACACAGACAGCAACAGGUCUGGGGGAAAAAAGUUCCUGAAACAAAUUGUUCCGGGUAAUUUCGGUGGAAGAUGUACAGUCACAUACAGUCAAUGUACAGUUGUUUUACAUUGGUUAAAACAUUAUCCUGCUGUUUUAGCCAUAUUGCAGUAUUUCAUGGUCUUGGUAAGCUAACAUUUUACUGUUACGUGGUGUAAUUCUCAGGGAUCGCUACCUUGAUAAUCACCAGUGGUUGACGUUUGAGGUUUCAGGAACCGAUGAUCUAAAACUUUACUAUUUUAAUGUACUGUUCCAAGUCCCUUUAGCUACAUUUGCAUGUAGCGGUUAAACAUUGUGUCCAAGACUAAAGCCAUUUCUGCUUUCAAACCUCAUAGGUUUCAGUUCCAGCAAUAUUUAGACUGUUGGCAUGACAGGGAAAGACCUUCAUGGUCUUCAAUAGUUUAAUUCUGUCAUCAUUUACUCACCCUAAUACCAUUCCAAACCCAUAUGGCUGUCUUCCUUACAAGAAUUGUAAAAAGAAAAAUUUUGAUGCAAAUGUAUGCUUGCUUACUGUGAUUUGAGAGAUAGGGAGGGAAAUUUUAUCAGUCAAUGUGAUUUUAAUUGUGGUUGUAUGGCUUCAGAAGACUUGAAAUAUACAGUAGUGCACAAGUUUCAUGGACCAAUGUGACGAUACUUUCAUUGGAGCUUAACAGUUCCUGGUCACUGUGUGUUCUCAUUUUACAGAAAAGAACUGAAAAUGAAAUUCUGUGUUCCAUGAUAAAAUGAAUGACUUUAGAACAUCAGUAAAUGAUGACAGAAUUUUCAUUUUGGGGUAAACUUUUCCUUUAAGAAAAGCAAAGCAAUGAGGCCUUAUCUUUGUCACCUGCUCAGCUUUUUCAUGGUAAGACAUGGAGCACACAGACAGUUAACAAGCACAAGAAGGUUCACGGGUGUGAAGGGUCAGCCACCCCCCAAACAGACUAUCUGGACAGCUUCCCACUGUGAUAUCAUAUCCUGGGAAAAAAGAUGAGGAAGCAGCAAUUGAUGGUUGCUUCCAGAAAUCAUGGAUCUUUUGUUUGCUCAAACCAUGGUGUUAAAUAAAGGUGAUGAGUGUUUGUUGCAGUGUUUACAUUUUUAAGAUGGAGGUGACCUGAACUGACACAACAGACGUGGAAGUGUUCUCUGAUUCCUGCCAUGUUUACAAUGAAUACUCAACAUGCAUGCAGUUUGUAUGUAUACGUAACCAAAUCAAGAUUGUAUUCAGGUUAUUUCAUGCUUUCACAUAGUGACUGCUGUUCAGUUUCAUUUAUGAUUUUUAUUAUUGGUUUUUAUACUCUGUUUAUUGUUUGUGGUGCACAAAUCACUGGCAAUGAUUGUAUUGUUACACAGUAGACAGAAAUGAUGUUCUGCUGGAUAGCAGGGGUGUAAAAAAAAAAAAAAAAAAGUACAGAGAAAUAUUUAAAUAUGGGUACAAAAAACUUUUUGUUGAAGAUAGGAUGUCUGAUCAAUAAAUUUUGGUUUUGUUUGGCUUGUUAUUCUCAGUAAAAUGUAUAAAAUAUGGACUUUUUACAAAAAAAAGACGUAUAUGCAAAACUUUUUUCUAAAUUUUUCACAAAUACAGUAGCUACUGUAUGCAGCAUGCUACAUAGACAAACGGUAAAAGAAUAUGGCCAAAACAUUGCUUGUAAAAAUAGCAUGGCAGUAAUAAUAAAACACUGAUAUGAGUAAAUAGUAUAAGUCAUAAAUAUGUGUAGGAGAACAAAUGACUGAAAAUGACACAUAAAGCAAUAUGUAUGCAUCUUAUUUUCCCUCAGUGGUUGAAUAUUAUUAAAGAGGAAAACAUAUGUCCCAUAUGAAGAGCAAAAACAAGACUAAAUAAAGGAAUAAAUGAUGAUCAUGCCUUUAUCUGAAACAGGAGACCGAAAUUAACACUCCAUUAAAAUGUCUCAUCUUUGGUUGAGAGAAACGCUUUCAUCAGAUACUUGUUGUGUUUGUUUAGUUAUGAUCCUUUUUGGCUGUCUUUGUUUGGUUUUGAUUAUUUUACUGGUUGGAAGCAGAACUGUGACAUUAAACAAAGGUGCAUAAACAGAA